UGGACGAUAUUGACAGCAGUGCGCCGGUGAUAUUUUGAAGAGGCAUUAACGCCAUUAAUAUUAUAAUAUUUUACUUAAUUAACAUCAGAAGCUGUGUGGAUGUGCAUGAGUGUUUGAUCGCAUACUUGUGCCAUCGCCACGCAAAACUACCUCAGCAAACAUUGCACAAACUGCCAGGGUUUUACUCACUCAGUCACUGCGGGCAAUAUUAGGAUCGUUUAGUCUGUUUUAUGCUGCUCCCGGAUUAUUUAUUAUAAGCAAUUUAGCUGUGCUUUUAUGACACCGGUUUAUUUAGCCAAUCAUUAAAAUGAGUAGUCGUACUCCAGUCAAAAAAGUGCCCAUUCAUCUGCAGAGUGCUCAGUCUCGACUGCUAAUUAAAGGAGGAAAAAUUAUCAAUGAUGACCAGUCUUUUGAUGCAGAUAUCUACAUAGAAGAUGGCAUUAUCAAACAAGUUGGAACAAACUUGGUUAUACCAGGGGGUGCUAGGACAAUUGAAGCCAGGGGGAAACUUGUCAUGCCAGGUGGUAUCGAUACCCACACACACAUGCAGUUACCGUUCAUGGGGACUCAUGCAGUGGACGACUUCUACAGUGGUACUAAGGCCGCCCUGGCUGGAGGAACCACUAUGAUCAUUGACUUUGUCCUGGAUCAGAAGGGAGUGUCUCUGCUGGAGGCCUAUGAUAAGUGGAGAGGUUGGGCGGACGGUAAGGUCUGCUGUGAUUAUGGUCUCCAUGUAGGUGUGACAUGGUGGAGCGAGCAGGUGUCAAAGGAAAUGGAAACUCUCUGUUCCGAGAAAGGAAUUAACUCAUUUAAGAUGUUCCUUGCAUACAAAGAUGUAUUUAUGUUGAAUGACACUGAACUGUAUGAGUCAUUUAAACGCUGUAAAGAGUUAGGGGCCCUUGGUAUGGUGCAUGCAGAGAAUGGUCAUCUUAUUGCUGAGAAAUCAAAGGAAAUGGUGAAAAUGGGAAUCACAGGCCCAGAAGGCCAUGAAAUGUGUCGCCCAGAGGAGGUGGAAGCCGAGGCCACUCAACGAGCCAUCACCAUAGCUAACCAGGCCAACUGUCCACUGUACAUAGUCCAUGUCAUGAGUAAAUCCUCAGCAGAUGUAGUGUCUAAGGCAAGGAGACAAGGUAAAAUUGUGUUUGGAGAGCCCAUAGCUGCUAGUCUGGGUACAGAUGGGAAUCACUACUGGAAUAAGUGCUGGAGACAUGCUGCCGGGCAUGUAAUGGGUCCCCCUCUCAGGCCUGACUCCUCAACACCAGGCUAUUUAAUGGAUCUCCUAGCAAAUAAUGACUUACAAGUUACGGGGACAGAUAACUGUACAUUCAAUGCUGACCAGAAGGCUCUAGGUAAAGAUGAUUUCCGUCAAAUCCCUAAUGGAGUUAAUGGUGUAGAGGAUAGGAUGUCAGUCAUCUGGGAGAAGGGAGUGCAUUCAGGAAAAAUGGAUCCAUGUAGAUUUGUAGCUGUAACUAGUACUAAUGCAGCCAAGAUAUUUAAUAUUUACCCACAAAAGGGCCGUAUAGCAGUAGGAUCUGAUGCUGACAUAGUGAUCUGGGAUCCCAAGGAGACUAGAACUAUUUCCGCUAAAACUCAUCACCAGGCUGUAGACUUUAAUAUAUUUGAAGGAAUGGUUUGUCAUGGUGUCCCCCUGUAUGUCAUUACAAAUGGAAAUGUAGUAUUGGAUGAGGGGCAGCUGAAAGUAACUCAAGGAAUGGGCCGAUUUAUUCCCACUCCAUGCAAUUCAGAAGUGGUAUAUGGAAGAUUAGCUAAACGAGAACUGGCAAAUAUGCCACAGAAGGUAGAGAGAGACCCAUACACAGGUCCAGUGGCCAAGAUUGCCACCAAUGGUGACGCCCCCGCAGUCAAGAGGGAGGAGAACCCCAUUGUGGCUGAUACAAGUCAGUUCCAGCACAGCAGACCCCCGACUAGAGGUGGUGGCCGAAACUUACAAGAUUCCUCUUUCGCUCUUAGUGGUGAGCAAUUUGAUGACAAGGCACCGCGUCGGGCUCAGAUCAGAACAUCCAACCCCCCGGGAGGGAAGUCCUCGGGACUUUGGUGAGGCAGUAGCCACCUAAUGGUUCAUGGGGCCACCUGGAAAUGUCUACAUAGGGAAAAUAAGCUUUUUGUUGUCGCUUGUGAAGAUAUUUAUACAACUGCUGAGAAAUGACUUAUCACCUAUGGUUUAAUAUUAUGUGUAUUAUGAUCAUUUUUGUGUAAGGAGACAAGUUCUGAGAUGGUCAGAUUUUCAACAAAGCAUACAUGGAAUAAAUCAGGGUUUUAGUUAAAAAGGAGUGCCUUUCGUUAUAAUGGCAUAUUAAUUGUCCCAGCCAGGAAUGUAGGUGUAUUUUCUGUACGAUAUGACAGUGUAUCUUUUAUUCUUGAAAUGAGAUCUGAGUAGUUGUUGUGCUAAAUAACCCUGUGAUACUUGCCUGAAUGUCAGUUUUCUCAUUUUUUAUACAAAUUUGAAAAAAAAAAAUAUUGACAUUUUAAUAAACAAUGGCUACAAUUAAAAUAAAUUAAUACUGUCUUUAACAAAAUAAAUGUAUUUACUUAUAUAUUUUGUUUUGUGUGCUAUUGCCAUUUAGUCUCUGAAUUUUUUUUUGGAUCACAGUCAGCUGAUCUCUAUUGGAAUCAACUUUGAUUAGUUAUUUUUAUUCUGUUGCUAUUUUCCUUAUAUCCCGAACACGUGUAAAAGAUCUGAGUAAAUUGUGUUCCUCUUCUACUGUAGAUAGACCCUUUGUGGCGAUUUAGUGGAUGGUUUAUAAUUUAUUCCAAUCCGUUCAGUUUAAAGGCAGCCUUUCUUUUUUUUAUUCUUUAUUUACAUGUAUAUCCAUUCAAUUAUUCUGCUGAAAAUGAGAAUAAUAUAAAAUCAAGUUUUUCUUUCGUAAUAUUUUUAAAUUGUUUUUUAAUCAUUUUUUAUUAGAUUAUUCUUAUUUGAUAAUUUGAAAUCUGGAGUCCUAGUCAGGAGAAAGUUUUGUAAAAUUCCAUGGAUGAAUGUACAAAAUAAUUUCAAUAUCAUCUGGAGUUACUACAUGUAGAUAAAUUACAAGUGAAUGAAAAUUGUGGAUUAUUGUAAACAGUAUUUACAUUCAUCAGGGCUUAUAACUAUGUGUAUUUAUUUCCUCUCUGUGUCUGCAAGUUCUGUAUUAUGAUAGUUAUAGCACUGCCUCUAGUAUGACUUGAAUGUAUUUUGAAAUUAGCAUGCAAGACUAUUAAUAAACAGUGGUAAAUAAUUA